AUGGAUUACCGCAAGCAAAUGCUUAACAUCCUCGCUAUUGUUUUCACCACUCUUCCAGCGUUGGCUAGAGGCACUGAAAACAUAGUAGUUGAUCUAUGUUUCAAGUAUGCUGUAGGAAAACACGACGACUUCAAAGUGAAUGGCCCUGACUUCAUGGCUUGCAUUGCGCCCUCCGAGAGUGAGGAAAUGGCCACUGUAUUUAAGUACGCUUCUGACAAAGUUGGUGGUCCAGAAUGUGAGCACUGCAGUGUGCCGCAAGAGCAUGAAGCUAUGGCCACCAGAAAUGAUGUUGUUAGACUUGCAACUCCUGGAAAGAGAUGGUACGUUUGUGGAAAAGCUGAGGCAAGCAUUGUUGGUCAGGGAUGA